GCUUCCAUGCUACUCGCUACUGUUUACUAUUUGUCUCCAAUGCAGUGAUCUUUGUCUGACAGCUACAUUGAAACGCACCGCGGCGGUACACACACACACACACACACACACACACACACACACACAGAGACAUGGCCUUCGCUCUGCCGGUGUGGCUCGCCGUCCAGGAGGAGCUCCUCGGACAAGGCGAAGCGGAAAACGGGGCUCCGAGUUGUUUCGAGGACUUCGACGACGAAGCUUUGUUCCAGAUGUUCCACCUCACCAGACCCUGCAUCGCCUUCAUCACAGACGCCGUCCGCAUCCGCAUGAAGAAGGUCGCGCUGAAGAAACCCGCACUGUCCGUGGACUCGAUGGUCAUGGUGACGCUCAACUAUUACGCACACGGAGCCUCCUCGGCCGCCAUCCUGAAGGGAGUCGGACUGACCCAGAAGGACUGCCAGUCACUGGUCGGCACGGUGUCCGGGGUGAUCGCGGGGAUGUCCGAUCAGUUCAUCUCGUUCCCACUGAUCCGGGAAGCCAAAGCCAAUGUCGCCUUCAAGGUUAAGAGAUUUUGUGGGAUUCCCAACGUGCUGGGCGUGCUGGCUCCGGCGCACUUCAAAAUCCGAGCCUCUCCCUAUGAGAAGGACACUUUCAGGUCUUUUGUCAACACUUUGGGGUACACAUCGGUCGUGAGCCAGAUCAUAUGCGACUCCGAUGGCAACAUACUGAGUGUAGAGAAAUGCUGUGUGGGCAGCACGUUUGAGCAGGAAAUGUGGGAGUCGUCCUUCAAAGGAAGGGAAAUGGAGGAGGAAUUGCACGGACCAUAUUGGGUUAUUGGUGGGAAAGGCUACCACUUGAGCAAACAUGUCUUGACUCCUGUGUCACAACCUGCAAACGACAAUGAGGUCCGCUUCAACGAGGCCCACGCAAAGAUCCUCAACGUCAUGCGGACGACGCUGGGCUCCAUGAAGAGGCGUUUCAGGUGUCUGAUGCAGCUUGGUUUUGCACAAGAAGGCUCUUUGGACAAAAAGUCCAACAUUAUCAAGGCGUGCAGUGUCCUGCACAACAUCUCUAAGAAGUUCUCCGUCCCUCCCCCGCCUGUAGCUGGUAAAAUUGAGCCGCUGCAUCCAGGCAAGCAGCAUUCAGUGCCAGAAGAGAUCAACUCUGAGGCCCUAAAAGCAAGACAGGAACUCAUCCAUAUUAACUUCUCUGAUGUGUCCAUUAGCGAGGACGCACCGAGUACGGGCGUCACAGAGGAGGAUGUGUGAGCAGAGUGGGUGUCGUCUGCUCUAGGAAGAGAAAAGGCUCAUCGAUAUACUGACAUAUUAAAGACAUACGUUGGAACCUAAACCCAGAUUAUAAUGUGAGAGUUAUACACAGUUUGAGUCAAGUUGCUGUUCAGUUUGAAACUGACGUGUGAGACAGCACGAUAGGUUUUUCAUCUCGUUUGCAGUUUUUGUAAAAACUCAUUCAGGUAUUUUUAUUAAUAAAAAAUAUUUUAUUUA